ACGGAAUCUCGAUUACGAAGCGAAGCCAACUCUGUAAGACUCCACUCACUCACUCUCAAGUCUCUCUCAUUCAUCGCACUCACAUUCUCUCCGGAAUCGACACGGAACCAAACUUCCACGAGAUUCUCGUACACCUUUUUCCACCAAAAAUCCAAAACCCACGCCAUUUCACUUCGCAAGCUUCUUAUCGCUCCAUUGAGACUCUUAUCGUUUCCCACACCUUGAAUUGAAUCUCCGAAUUUCGUAAUUGUGGCAAAAUAUGGAUCUUGAACUGGAAAGCGAUGAUUGAGGAGAGCUUCUCGAAGCCCUGGGUUGAGUGAAAGCCUGAGCUAAAUGAAGCGAAAAGUUUCGCAGCAGAGACCUUGGUGUUAUAAAUGGAGGAGGAAGCUUUUCGCGGUGUUAUUGCUAGGGUUUUGUUUCGGAACUACGGUAUUUAUGAUGCAGAGCCAGUACAGUCGGAUAAUGACGAUGGUGCAGAGGCCGAAGAUCGCCUUCUUGUUCAUCGCGCGGAAUCGGCUUCCUCUGGACAUGGUUUGGGACGCAUUCUUCCAGGGAGGGGAGAAUAAAUUUUCCAUUUUGGUUCACUCUAGGCCCAGGUUUCUGCUCAACAAGGCAACAACAAGAUCAGUCUAUUUUUUCAAUCGUCAAGUUAAUGAUAGUGUACAGGUAGAUUGGGGUGAAGCCAGCAUGAUUCAGGCAGAGCGUAUAUUACUUAAGCAUGCACUUGAGGAUCCUUUUAAUGAGCGCUUUGUGUUUCUUUCAGACAGCUGCAUUCCUCUAUACAACUUCAGCUACACGUAUGACUAUAUCAUGUCCACAUCACGUAGUUUUGUAGACAGCUUUGCUGAUACAAAAGAGGGUCGCUACAAUCCAAAAAUGGCUCCUGUUAUUCCAGUUCAUAACUGGAGGAAAGGAUCUCAAUGGGUUGUCCUGACCAGAAAGCAUGCAGAGGUUGUUGUGGAAGACAAUACUGUCUUUCCUAUGUUUCAACAGCAUUGCAAGAGAAAGUCACUACCUGAGUUUUGGCGGGAUCAUCCCCUUCCUGCUGAUGGAUCCAAGGAGCAUAAUUGUAUACCAGAUGAACAUUAUGUUCAGACACUACUGGCUCAAGAAGGCCUUGAAGGAGAAAUUACACGAAGAUCACUGACACAUAGCUCAUGGGAUCUCUCAUCCUCCAACGACCAUGAACGUCGUGGAUGGCAUCCUGUGACUUACAAGUUUUCAGAUGCUACUCCCAUGCUUAUCCAAUUUAUAAAGGACAUAGAUAAUAUCUAUUACGAGACUGAAUACCGAAGAGAAUGGUGCACUAGCAAGGGGAAACCAUCCCAGUGUUUCCUUUUUGCAAGAAAAUUCACUCGGCCUGCUGCUUUCCGGCUUCUUAAUACGUCUCUGCUGGGGCCUUUCAAUGAAGCAACAAGGAAGUCCUAUCCCUGGUGAACCAGAUACCUGUUGAAGCUUAAUGUAGCUAAAAAGUACUAGUCUUAACCCAUAUGAAAAGAGUCAUGUAAUCUGCAUCUAAAAAUAAAGGAGAGAGCUGUAAAUUAUAGAGGCAAAUGAAAAUUAAAAAAAAAAGAUAAGGAAAUAAAACCAAAACCAUAACUAUGGUGUGCAUAGUAUCUUUUUAGGAAUACAGAUAGCAUGAAAAAGAAAGAUCAUUGUAUUUUCUUUCCAUAUGGAUUUUUAUAUUAGGGAAAUGUUAUUUUACACUUAUUUUUAUUCCUGUGUGGGAUCCACAGGGGGUUACACUUGAUUUUAUUCAAGUAAAGUAGAGAUGAUUUUUUUUUUU